AUGGUCAUAGUGGAUAUGUUAUGUGAGUCUGUAUUUCUCCUGAUGGUAAUAGCUUCUGGUAGUAGAGAUGAGUCUAUCCAUCUAUGGGAUGUCAAAACAGGAUAAUAAAAAGCCAAAUUAUAUGGUACUAGUGGUAUAUUUUCAGUCUGUUUCUCUCCUGAUGGAAAUACAUUAGCUUCUGGUAGUGAUGAUGAGUCUAUCCGUCUAUGGGAUGUCAAAACUAACCUAUAUUAACCCUUAAUUUAAAUCUAUUUUAAUAUACUUCUUGUGUCCAAUAUUUGUUGA